AUGCGUUUUCCGUUCCCCUUUUCCCGCACCAGGGCUAACCAAAGGCGGUCGUCUUUCCCAUUGCGGGCCAGCUGUAAGGCGGCUCUUUUCUGCAUCUGGCCAGCUAAGCGGUCGUCUUUCCCGUACCCGGGGCUAACCAAGGCGGUCGUCUUUCCCGUACACGGGGCUAACCAAGGCGGUCGUCUUUCCACAUCUGUCAGUGGCAUACUUCACAGGAACCAUGUAUCCAAAAUGUUUGAAAAUGAUAAACAUUUUUCCCAUCUUUCUACCCUGGAGAGAGAACUUUCUUUCCGUACUGAAAUGGGUUUGUACUACUCGUACUUCAAAACUAUGGUGGAAUCCCCCACUUUGCAGGACGGGGUCACCAAUAUAAUGAACGACAAUGUUACAGAGUAUCCACUUGUCAUCAACACUUUAAAACGAUUCAACUUGUACCCUGAGAUGAUUUUGGCAAUUGGCUACAGAUCGUACGAAUCCAUCAAUGCUUUCUUCCAACGAGAGACAAAACAGUGUUGGCGAGUUAAUCGUGGGGAAGGGCUUUCUCCAGUGGAAAGCUGUGAAGGUCUUGGUGAACCUGCAUACUUCUAUGUCGAAAGUGUAUUUGCUUUACAUGGACUGAUGAUGUUUAUAUUUCUCCUGUUUGGUGUUUACUUAAGUAAUAGCAUUUUUGGCGGAAUCUUGGCCGUGGCAUCUUUUUUUUGUAACCAUGGUGAGUGUACUCGGGUACAGUGGACUCCGCCUCUGCGUGAAAGCUUUGCAUAUCCCUUCUUUGUUAUAGAAUUGUUUCUUGUCACUCAUGUGUUGAGAACCACUCGUCCACUGUGGCGGCAUGGUUUCUGGAUUGCAGUGGCUUCUACACUCUUCAUGAUUCCUUGGCAGUUUGCACAGUUUGCUUUGUUGACACAGACAAUGUCGGUGUUUGCGACUUACAUGUUGCAAUUUAUUGGCUCAAAAAAAUUAAAGAUUAUCAUAUUUGGACAGUUGUUUAGUUGGUUGAUGAGUUGGUUGUUGUUGUUCAUGAAUGAAAUGCUGCUGACUUCGUUCUAUUUCUCAUGCCUCAUCACCGUUUUGGUUAUCAUGUGGAUGGAACCAUUAAUUGUUAAACUGAGACUGCGUAUUUUGAUAUGGGCUGUCCAAGGAAGUUUUUUACUCUCAGGAACUGUUGGAUUGAAAAUCUUGAUUGGAAAGAUGUUGAAAAUUGCUGACGAUGCACAUAUUGGGGAUAUUCUCCGGACAAAAUUUACAGAUUUUAAAAAUUUCCAUACACAGCUAUACACUUGUGCUGCCGAAUUUGACUUCAUGGAAGCUGAGACUCCAAUGCGUGUGGCAAAGACAUUGUUGGCUCCUGGAGCAUUAGUGGCUGUGCUUGGCACUAUUUGUUUGGUUGGCUAUCAAGAAUUGUCAUCAUGGAAAAGGAAAAAGUCAGCCAAAGGUAAAGAGGAGAAACACAUUCAAGAACCUUUAGUUAAAAUAAUUUUUUUCUUUUUCUUUCUCUUUCUCCUUUUUCUUUCUCUUUCUCCUUUUUCUUUCUCUUUCUCUUUUUCUCUCUUUUCCUUUUCUCUUUUCCUUUUCUUUCUUUCUUUUCUUUCUUUUUCUCUCUUUCUCUUCUCUUUUCUCUCCUUUUUCUCUCUUCUCUCCCCUCCCUCCUUCUCUCUUCUCUUUCUCUCCCUCCUUCUCUCUUCUCUUCUUUCUCUCCCUCUCUUCUCUCUUCUCUUCUUUCUCUCCCUCUCUUCUCUCUUCUCUUCUUUCUCUCCCUCUCUUCUCUCUUCUCUUCUUUCUCUCCCUCUCUUCUCUCUUUCUCUUCCCUCUUCUCUCUUCUCUUCUUUCUCUCCCUCUCUUCUCUUCUUCUUUCUCUCCUCUCUUCUCUUCUUUCUUCUUUUCUCUCCCCCUCUUCUCUUCUCUUCUUUUCUCUCCCUCUCUUCUCUUCUCUUCUUCUCUCUCUUCUUCUCUUCUCUUCUUUCUCUCCCUCUUCUCUUCUCUCCCUUCUCUCCCUCUCUCUUCUCCUCUCCCUUCUCUCCCUCUCUUCUCUCCUCUCCUCUCUUCUUUCUCUCCUCUCUCUUCCUCUCCUCUCUCCUCUCUUCUCUUCUCUCCCUCUUCUCUUCUCUCCUCUCUUCUUCUCUCCCUUCUUCUCUUCUCUCCCUCUCUUCUCUUCUCUCUCUUCUCUCCUCUUCUCCCUCUUUCUUUCUCUCCCUCUCUUCUCUUCUCUCCUCUCUUCUCUUCUUUCUCUCCCUUCUUUCUCCCUCUCUUCUCUUCUCUCCCUCUCUUCUCUUCUCUCCCUCUCUCUUUUUUCUUCUCUCCCUUUCUCUUCUCUUCUCUCCCUCUCUUCUCUUCUUUCUUUCUUUCUUCUCUUCUCUUCUUUCUUUCUCUUCUUCUCUUCUCUUUUCUUUCUUUCUCUCUUCUCUCUUUUCUUUCCUCUUCUUCUCUCUUUCUUUCUUCUCUUCUCUUCUUUCUUUCUCUCCUCUUCUCUUCUCUUCUUUCUUUCUCUCCUCUUCUCUUCUCUUCUUUCUUUCUCUCCUCUUCUCUUCUCUUCUUUCUUUCUCUCUUCUCUUCUCUUCUUUCUUUCUCUCCUCUUCUCUUCUCUUCUUUCUUUCUCUCCUCUUCUCUUCUCUUUUUCUUUCUCUAUCUGUAGCAGACAGAAAUAAACCACACGCUGAAUUGGUCUUCCAUAUUUUCCAACUUUUCUGCUUCACCCUGAUGGCUGUGAUGAUUAUGAGACUGAAACUAUUCUGGACUCCUCACCUAUGCCUCAUUACUUCUCUACUUGCUUACAGACAGUUGUUUGGUUGGGUUGGAAGCAAAGAAAGACAUUUUGCUCUGCUUGCUUUGUACUUAGCGGGUAUGGGUUACCAAGGAUACCAAAAUAUUUCUCAUCAACUGAAUAUCGUUGGGGAGUUCAGCAACAUCCCCCUUGAGCAGGUUGUUGAGUGGAUAACACACAAUACAGAACCACAUGCUGUAUUUGCUGGUGCUAUGCCAACAAUGGCUACAGUAAAACUUUGCACCAAACGCCCAAUUGUUAAUCAUCCACAUUAUGAGGAUUCUGGCCUUCGCAAACGUACGAUGAAAGUGUAUUCCAUGUACAGUCGUAAAUCAUUAGAAGACGUUAAGAAGAAUCUGGUGGACCUGUAUGUCAAUUAUGCAAUUGUAGAAGAUUCCUGGUGUCGAAAGAGAUCUCGUGUUGGUUGUUCCAUGCCAGAAAUCUGGGAUAUUAGCGAUAAAGAGAAUCGUCACAAAAUGCCUGUUUGUUUGUUACUGAACGAGAAUCCAGAACCUUACUUCAAAACAGUCUAUAAGAACAAUGUCUAUACAAUAUUGAAAGUGCAAUAA